UGCGGAUUGCCUGCGACCAGAGCCCAGUUGCAACAGACCUCACCCAAAGUAUUUGAAGAGAUACAGCCAGUUCGAGCCUGCAUCUUUGCUUCCCAAAGGAGCCCUUGCAGCCAUCGUCUGGCAGCUGUAGUUGAGCUGCGGCUCAGAUCUACGUGAACUUCCAUUUUUUGAACUUCAAACCAUCAAAGCCAGUUUCGUUUGCGUUUGAACUGUCAAGUCGCAUUCGUGCGCGAACUGAGCAAAGAUGGCCAACAAGCAAGGGAAGAUGCAACAUCUGAUCAACUAUCGUAUGCGUGUUACACUGAACGAUGGUCGACAAAUGACUGGUCAGAUGCUGGCAUUUGACAAGCACAUGAACCUCGUCCUCGCCGACACCGAAGAGUUCCGCAAGGUCAAGAGAAAGCAGAACAAGCCCUCUGCUCCGGCUGCUCCUGGGUCGGCGGCAUUGGUCGAGACCGAAGAGAAACGAACACUGGGUCUUGUCAUCCUCAGAGGCACAAACAUUGUCAGUUGUAGUGUUGAGGGCCCUCCGCCAUCAGAUCCUUCUGCACGGUUGGGUACUUCAGCUCCAGGAGGUGCACCGAGCGCAUUACAAGCCGGGACUGGAAUUGCUAGACCGGCUGGUCGAGGUCUGCCCGUGGGAUUAGGUGGUCCGGCAGCAGGCGUUGGGAUGGGUGGACCACCACCACCAGGAGGUCUUGCCUUCCCACAAGGAGGUUUUGGAGGAGCUGCACCUCCGCCAGGCUUUGGUGGGCGAGGUGUUCCGCCUCUGGGUGGUGCGCCGCCUCCAGGAUUCGGUGCUCCUCCUCCGGGGUUUGGUGCGCCGCCUGGCGGUCCUCCUGCAGGCUUCCAGCCACCUCCUGGUUUCCAAGGUCCUCCGCCAGGUCAGGGCAGAGGCUUCCCUCCUCCAGGGUUUGGAGGUCGUUAAUUGUGGCAUUUGGAGUGGAAUGGAGCAGAAAUCACUAGGAAAAUGAAUCGCCAACGCUACUUGAAGGGAUUACAGAAUUGACUGGUUCUCGACAGACACCUCCGGGCUGCUAGGCUUUGACAAGCGAAGCAUCUAUCAACCCAACUUCGGAGCCCAACAAUGGUUCAUCUGAAUUUCACAGCGUGAGGAAAAGGGCGCUACCGUCGAGCUGGCACAGAUCAGAACUCAAGGACACGCCGUCCAAAGGGCCGCGCCGACGUCGGUAUCUCUCCAACUCCUGGAGAAGAGGACAGUGCAUUGUGAACAUUGGAAGGUUAUGAUGGUGAUGCGUGAGAUGGCUCAGAUGAAAGGCCUGAGGGCUAUUACGCCAAAUCCUGGAAUAUUGGGGAGCGAAUUCAGAAGCUCGAAUUCAAUCGACAAGCGAGGCCCUCUCAAAAAGGACGGAAACAGGGACCAAUGUCUGCUAAAUCACGACAUGUGUCCAUCGAUCCCCAUAUCAGGCGCCGCAACCCUCGUGAGGCUCAUGGGACUCGUUGCCAGUGCUCAUAGACUUCUUAACUGGUUGUGCUGUACCAGCCUAUUAACGACGGGAGUCCUCGUCGAAGACAAAUCCAGUAGCGUCCCAACUCAGUUCUCACCACAGAUGAGUAUAUUUUCGUGGAGCCACGUCUACUCAAAAGAGGAGGCAGCCAUUCAAAUGUCCACCUGUGUACAUCUGACUAGUGACUUAUAAGCUACAGGUCCGCAAUAGCACUGGCAGGCCGUAACAUGCCAUAGCAGGCUUUCAGCCUGGCCCUCACCGGUACCUGGUAUACAGAAUGGUUAAAGCAGC